AUGAAAAAAAUAGAACUUAAAUUCUUGUCUAGAAUUGAAAGGAGUCUUGAGAAAAGACAAAAACGAAGCGAGGAACGACUGAAAAAGAAAGUGCACACCUCAGAGCAUAUUGUCAGGAAAGGUGGACUGCCGGAGGAACUGGUGAAGGAAGUGUCAGGACAAGUUGCCUUUGAAGAAGAAGGUCCGCGCAUUUUCCCCCUGACCCAGUUCCCUGAUAACACAAUCAACCUUGCCUCAGCACAGCUUGUUAAUAGUCACAAGAACAAGUUUGUUGACGAGCGGAUCUAUGGACAGCGUCAUCAAGUCCGCAUUGUUCCAGUGGCCGAAGUCGAGUAUGGUUUCAAAGGGGGUCCAGGCAAAUUUUGGGUCUAUGGCUAUGAGAAUAAGGUACAUUCUCCUGACUACCCACAGACCUGCUGUUGGGGCUGCUGCUGUGUCAUGUAGUCCCAGAGCCUUACAUGGCAUUAUAAAAUAACACUUGGCUAUCCUUUCAACCGUUUUGAAUUAUCAGAAAAGUCUCUCUAGACUGUUCGAUAUAAGGCUAUUUCAC